CCCACCCUGUUCCCCGCAUUCGCCCCAUCUUUUCACUAGUUGCUCCACAGACUGAUCAACGAUUUUCAAUAUGGACCCAACGCACCACCCUUUACACCUGGCAGAUAUUCAAACGCGUCCACGAUUAUUGGCGGCAUGGGAGCGGAGGCGCCACCGGGAAGCGCACUGGUUCAUCGAGUGCGUUGCGGAAGCGAUGGGAGUAUUCUUCUACUGUUUCGCGGGCGUCGGCGCCUCAGCAGCAUACACCUUGGGCAAUCUUCUAGGCCUCCCACUCGGAUCGGUGUUUUCGGUCGGUUUCGCCUAUGCUAUGGGUAUCGGUCUGGCGCUUGUGGUGUGCAGCGCGACAUCCGGAGGGCACUUCAACCCCGCAGUGACUAUCCUAUGCAUGUUGUUCAAAGGGUUUCCUGUCGGGAAAGGUAUGAGAUAUAUCGUUGCUCAGAUCUUAGGCGGUUACAUUGCCUGUCUCAUCGUAUAUCUUUCAUGGAAGCAUCUGAUCACGGAGGUGGAAGCGCUGUUGGUCGUAAAAGGCACGCUCGACGAGAUCAACUUCACACCUUCCGGACCAGCAGGCAUCUUCGCCUUGUAUGUCCCUGCAGGAUCGCCGCUAGGACUGGUCUUAUUCAAUGAGUUCGUGACUGAUUUCGUCAUUGGCAUGGCCAUAUGUGCCUGCACUGACCCAACGAACUUCCUCAUACCUCCGAUGCUCUCACCAUGGAUUAUUGGAAUGACCUACGGCAUCGCGAUAUGGGGCUAUUCUACCCAAGGCUUGGCUGCUAACGCUGCGCGAGAUGUCGGUGGACGGUUGGCUGCAAUGACAAUAUGGGGUACCAAAGCAGCAGGAGGCAAUUAUGCUGCCCUGGCCGCGUUGACCAACAUACCGGCGACCCUUUUCGCGUACAUUGUGUACGAGGUUUUCUUCGUCGACUCAAGUCGAGUGAUCGCGCCAGCACAGCAAGCCUUCAUGACAGGCCAUAAAGCGCACAUGGAGCACUUAGAGAACGGUCAACACCGCGGUGCAUCUCCGUCGUCUGAUCUCGAAGAAAAAGCGCACGAGAGUCGCAGCGAGUGAUAUCAUGCGAAAUAAUGAGUUUUUAUGCUUUAGGGAUACACGCGAUUUAGGGUCUACAUACUUUUCUUGGAAUUAUUCCUGCUCUGUGCCACCAAUCACAGGGCGAUCUAUUAACAGGAAUUUGGUGUUCU